AUGGACUUUGAUUAUUCAGAUAUUGUACCAGUUGAUUUAAAUACCGAAACACCACAACUAUGUCAAAUAAUAUAUAGUGAUGAAUAUAAAUUAAUAAUGGGUAAAUUAUUAUCAUUAAUGAAACAAAAAGAAUAUUCAUUACGAGCAUUAAAUUUAACAUCAUUAGGUAUUGAACAAUUAGCAAGUCAUUAUACAACAUGGAUUUAUCGAUAUGAUAUAAUUAACAAUUUACCAAAUUUUGACUAUUAUUCUGAAUUAGAUUGGUGUGAACAAAUUGCCCUUGAUAAUGAAAAAAAUUAUCAAAUUUGGAAUUAUAGACAAUUAAUUAUUGAAAAAAUUGGUUUUGAUAACUAUGACCCAAUUAGAGAAUAUCCCAUUAUGGAAGCUAUGUUAGAUGGAGAUAAUAAAAAUCAUCACGUUUGGUCAUUUCGUAAAUGGCUAGUUGAAAAAUUUAACAUGUUUGAAAGUGAAAAAGAGGUUGAAUUUGUGAGUAAUAUGAUUGAAUUAGAUGUAAAGAAUAAUUCCGCAUGGUGUCAUCGAUUUUUCUUAAGGUUCAAUAAUGAAAAAAAUGUUAAAAGUGAAAUAGAAUAUGUUAAAGAGAAAAUUGAAUUGUGUCCACAAAAUGCAAGUACGUGGAAUUAUUUAAUUGGUAUAUUUGAGAAAUUUGAUUUGGAAAUUACCGAGUUGAAAGAAUUUUGUUUCAAAUUUCUUAAUUUGGAUGAUGAUAAAGUUAGUAGUUCAUUUGCUUUAGAAACUUUGGCUAAGAUAUAUAUAAUUGAAGAUGAUAAAGAGAGUGCUAUAAGGAUGUAUACAUUAUUAAAAGAGAAAUAUGAUCCUAUAAGAUGUAAUUAUUGGAAUUUUAAAAUAUCAACAAUUGAAAAUUGA